CAAUCAUCUCAUUUGAUCGCUAUCAUGUCUCUCAAACGCAAGGCAGCUGACAUUGUGGCCGCCGAAGCAANNAAAAAGCCAAAGGCGAACAGCUCGAUCACCAGUUUCUUUGGCCCUCCCAAAACCAACCCAUCAACGUCAUCAACCAAUCCGUCCAAAGGUCUAACCGACCCUGCUCCUGCAGUCAAGUUCGACAAGGAGAAAUGGGUCGCCGGUCUGAGCGAAGAACAGAAGACACUGCUCAAGCUCGAGAUUGAAACAUUGCAUGAGAGUUGGCUUGCCGUACUCAAAGAUGAAAUCACCACCAAGUCAUUCCUUGAUCUGAAGAAAUUCCUUAAGAGCGAAGCCGAGGCCGGCAAGAAGAUCUUUCCUCCGUCAGAAGAUGUCUACAGCUGGUGCGUCUGGUCGAACUAUAUCGUUAUGCCAUUCCUACUGACACAAUCUCCAGGUNCACGACACACGCCGCUCAGCACCGUCAAGGCCGUUAUCCUCGGCCAGGACCCAUACCACAACCUCAACCAGGCCCAUGGUCUUUGCUUCUCCGUCAGACCCCCAACUCCUGCUCCUCCAUCGCUCCAGAAUAUCUACAAAGCUUUGAAANAGGAAUACCCUNUCGACUGUGGCCACUUUACCAAGGCAAACGAAUGGCUCAAGGAGAGAUAUGGCGAUGAUGGUGUGAUUGACUGGAACCUCAAUGUUGCUCCUGAAGACGCAGGCGUCUAG